UAAUACUUUACAAAAGAAAAAUGUACUUAUAAGUAAACAUGGUCGUGAAAUAACAAUUUUCUUUAUAUUCGUUUUUUUUUUUUCCUCUAAAGUCUAGUUCUUUUUACUAAUUUUUAUUUUAGCUUUAUUUAACAUAAGUUCACUAAAAUUUAACUUAAAAGAUAAACUAAAUGGAGAAAUUGACGUAUUCAUACACGGUUAAAAAAAACACCGGAGUACAAAAUACAAAAAAAUAAAAAACUCCAGAACCAAAAAGAGGUUAGAAGUGCGCCGUUUUUACGAAGCAGAAGAGGAAAGACUGAAAGACCUUAGUUCUUGUUCCGCCAAAUUCUAGAACUACAACUCCAGAACUUCCAACACUACCUCACUUUCCUUCUUCUCGCAAUCUCAAGAACCCUAGAAAAACCCCUCUUUUAAUUUCCCAAUUCAAUUAACUUCUAACUUCUCAAUAAUCCCAAAAUGGAAGCCACUAAAGACCAAACCCCCGACGUCCGAUCAUUCGUCGAAGCUGUUUACGCCGAUGACGAAGUUCCAAUUUACGAAAUCGAAAGCCUUUGUAUGCGUUGCCGCGAAAACGGUACUACAAGGUUAAUGCUUACUCAAAUUCCUCAUUUUAGAAAGGUUUUAUUGUCGGCUUUCGAGUGCCCGCAUUGUAAUGAGAGGAAUAAUGAGGUUCAAUUUGCUGGUGAGCUACAGCCACGAGGAUGUUCUUAUACUCUAAAGUUUCCUGCCGGAGACUCAAAGAUGCUCAAUCGACAAGUCGUCAAAUCCGAAUCUGCAACCAUAAAGAUCCCUGAGCUAGAUUUUGAGAUCCCGCCAGUGUCUCAGCGUGGGAGCUUAUCAACUGUAGAAGGGAUUUUGACUCGAGCUGCAAGUGACCUGGAGGCUCUUCAAGAAGAACGAAGGAAAGAGGAUCCUACAACCGCAGAAGCAAUAGACCAAUUUCUUUUGAAGUUGAGGGCUUGUGCAACUGCAAACUCUUCCUUUACUUUUGUUCUGGAUGAUCCUGCUGGAAAUAGUUUUAUUGAGAACCCGCAUGCUCCAUCUCCGGACCCAGCGAUGUCUCUCCACUUCUAUGACCGAACUCCUGAGCAGCAAGCUGCACUUGGCUAUAUUGUUGCCUCUUCUCAAGCAGAACCUGAGGAAGCAGUGGCAGGAACAGCAAACCAUGCUACUGAUCAGGUUGCUAGGGAACCACAUGGGGCAGUUGGAGCUAGGGCUGGUCGCCGAGCUAUAGCACAGGAUAAUACAGCUGAGAUAGCUGAUGCGAUUUGCCGUUAUACUGCACCAGAAGAGGUGAUGACUUUCCCUUCAACAUGUGGAGCUUGUGCAACAAAAUGUGAGACUAAAAUGUUUGUUACCAAUAUUCCAUACUUCAAAGAAGUAAUUGUUAUGGCAUCAACCUGUGAUGCUUGUGGCUACCGUAAUUCUGAGUUGAAGCCUGGAGGUAGCAUUUCUGAUAAAGCUAGGCGGAUCACAGUUUCUGUCAAGAAUCUCAAAGAUCUGAACCGUGAUGUGAUUAAGUCGGAUAGUGCCAGUGUUAAGAUACCAGAAGUUGAUCUGGAGCUUGGUUGUGGCACUAUGGGAGGCAUGGUCACAACUGUUGAAGGUUUGGUGACCAAAAUUUGUGAAAGUUUGGAGAGAGUGCAUGGAUUUACCUUUGGAGACAGUCUUGAGGAGGGUCGAAAAGAGAAAUGGAUAGAUUUCAACGCAAGACUGAAUAAGCUCUUGAGCCUGAAAGAACCCUGGACCUUAAUCAUUGAUGAUGCGCUAGCCAACUCCUUUGUUGCACCCGCUACUGAUGAUUUCGUGAAUGAUGAUCAGCUGAAAAUUGAGGAUUAUGAAAGAACUGUGGAGCAGAAUGAGGAAUUUGGACUCAAUGAUAUGGAUACUUCUUCAGCAGAUGAUGCUUAUGACGCAAACUAAUAUAAUGAAACAAGUAACUUCAACCUGUGUCAAAAAUCCCUGUUCUUUCAGAAGGGAAAUAUUUUUGUUUGUUUUGUAAUUUAGUUUUUCUUUUCUUUUUUCUUUUUGGUAAUCUAUAUCUGAUGUUCUACUGCAAUUUUUGUAUCACUAGGUCAUGUAACAUUAUAUUUUAUCAAUGUAAUACAAUUUUUUCAUUUUGAUCA